AUGGAUAAGACGUUGGUGGAGGAUUUAGUAGUGUUGUUAUGGUUCCUAUGGUAUAAUAGGAACCUCUUGGUCUGGAAAGGGACCAAUAAUUCUCCAAAUAUUAUUGUUGCUCAGGCUGGUCGUUUUUUUCAGGACUGGCGUACUGCUCAGAUUGCACAUACUCCUUCCCCCUGCAGUAGUUGCCCUGUGCUGCACAGAAGUUGGACUCCACCAUGUCCUGGUUCCUUAAAACUUAAUGUGGAUGCAUCUGUGUUUGCUGACUUGAAUUGUACAGGAUUUGGUGCUCUGCUGCGUGACUCCAGGGGUAGAUUUAUAGUGGCUGUCACAGGGACUGUGGCUGGCAAUCGCACUCCUCGUAUGGCAGAAGCUAUUGGACUAAGAGAGGUUUUAUCUUGGCUUAAAACACAGCAGUUUGGGUCGGUGGUCGUUGAAUUGGACGCGCACGAAGUUUGUCAUGUUUUAUCUGAUAAUGCUGGAGAUUGUUCAGAGUUUGGGUUAGUAGUUAGUGAUUGUAAAUUUUUAGGAGUAGAGGCUAAUGUUAGCUCCUUCUAUUGGGUAAGAAGACGAGUUAAUACUGUUGCUCACAGUUUGGCUAGGGUGGCGUAUUUACAUACUGGUCUUCAUAUUUGGAAUUCUCUUCCAAGUCAGGUCUUUGAUAUUGUUACUACUGAAAUGAUUCAUUAA